UUGCUCAAGACUCCCCGAGCAACUGGAAUUGUUUCCUCUGGAGGAGACACUCUGCAGCCCGGGCUCCGUGGGACCAAGGUGGCAUCAGCUGGAGUGAGUGUGGGGAUCCUGGGACAACCUUACCUGGUUUGUUUCUUGAGAAUUAAAGAAGUUGAGGCUUGAAGAGCUCCGAUGGCAGUUAACAAGGGUCCAACUUUGCUGGAUGAAGACCGCCCUGAGCAGGAGAACGUGCUGCAGCGGGUCCUGCAGCUGCCGGUGGUGAGCAGCACCUGUGAGUGCUUCCAGAAGACCUACACCAGCACCAAGGAAGCCCACCCACUGGUGACCUCUGUAUGCAGUGCGUACGAGAAGGGCGUGCAGAGCGCCACCAGCUUGGCAGCCUGGAGCAUGGAGCCGGUGGUCCGAAGGCUGUCCACCCAGUUCAUAGCUGCCAACGAGCUGGCCUGCCGAGGCCUGGACCACCUGGAGGAAAAGAUCCCGGCCCUCCAGUAUCCUCCUGAAAAGAUUGCUUCUGAGCUGAAGGACACCAUCUCUACCCGCCUUCGCAGUGCCAGGAACAGCAUCAGUGUGCCCAUCGCCAGCACUUCAGACAAAGUCCUAGGGGCCGCUCUGGCUGGCUGUGAGCUCGCCUGGGGGAUGGUCAAAGACACUGCCGAAUUUGCUGCCAACACCCGAGCUGGCCAGCUAGCCUCUGGAGGGGCCGACUUGGCCUUGGGUGGUGUUGAGAAGGUGGUAGAGUUCCUCCUCCCUCCAGCCAAGGAGGAGUCAGCCCCUGCUCCAGGACACCAGCAUGCCCAGAAACCUCCCCAGGCCAAGCCGGGCCUCGUGAGCAGGGUUGGGGCCCUGGCCAACACUCUCUCUCAACACACCUUCCAGACCACAGCCCGGGCGCUGAAACAGGGCCAGGCCCUGGCCAUGUGGAUCCCAGGUGUGGCGCCCCUGAGCAGCCUGGCCCAGUGGGGCGCAUCGGCGGCCAUACAGGUGGUGUCCCGGCGGUCGAGCGAGGUGCGGGUGCCCUGGCUGCACAACCUCACUGCCACCCGGGAGGAGGACCACAAUGACCAGAUGGACACAGAGGGGGAGGAGACAGAGGUGGAGGAGGAGGAAUCAGAGAUGGAGGAGAACAAGCUCAGUGAGGGAGCAGCCCUGCCUGGCCCACAAGGCCUCCUGGGCGGUGUGGUGCACACCCUGCAGAAGGCCCUCCAGAGCACCAUCUAUGUCGUGACGUGGGUGCCUGCGGCUGUGCUGGGCACGGCAGGGAGGUUGCUGCAUCUCAUGCCAGCCCGUGCUGUCUCCUCCACCAAGGGCAGGGCCAUGUCCCUGUCUGAUGCCCUGAAGGGCGUUACUGACAACGUCGUGGACACGGUGGUGCACUAUGUGCCGCUCCCCAGGCUGUCGCUGAUGGAGCCCGAGAGCGAAUUCCGGGAGAUCGACAACCCGCCUGCCGAGGCCGCGAGCCCGGAGGCGGAGCGCAGGGGGUCCGGGGCGCUGCCCGCCGGCUCGGAUGCCGCGUCGCGCCCCGCGCAGUCCCGCGGCAGCCUGCGCAGCGCUCGGGGCCGGGGCGCGGAGGACCGGGCGGACACGGCCGCCGCGCUGCGCACCGCCUUGCCGGCCAUGCCCCGCGAGAAGCCCGCCCGCAGGGUCAGCGACAGCUUCUUCCGGCCCAGCGUCAUGGAGCCCAUCCUGGGCCGCACGCAGUACAGCCAGCUGCGCAAGAAGAGCUGAG